AAGGGAGCACUCAAUGCCAACCUCAAAAGCAAUAUGGAUGAAUGGCCACCUAAGUGGAAUUGAUGAUGUCGCAGUAAGAAUGCCACCGCCGCACACACCUCGUCUUCUUGUUCUCUUUCUUUUUCUCGGCAAUCUUUGGGAAGGACUUGCUAAAUCCAUUUUGGACCAGGGAGCGCUUGAGGUGCUCGUCAGAGUCCAGGUGUUUGACAACAGUGACCUUUCACCUCUGGCAGAGGCUGCAGUGGAUGUUUAUGGGAACCAGUCUACCUUGGCAUCCAGCAAGGCUGACAAAGAUGGCGUCGUCAUGGUCACCUUCCUGUACCGCCCUGGCACCUGGGUCAUUGUCACGGCAACAAAACAGGGAUUUGUCACUAACUCCGCCCCCUGGCAUGCCAGCCGCAUCCCCUUGUAUGCUUCAGUCAGCCUCUACUUGCUCCCCCAGCGGCCUGCGACCCUGAUCCUGUAUGAUGACAUAGUCCAGGUGCUGCUGGGAUCCCCAGGUGUCAAAAACCAGCCAUGGAUACAGCUCCAGAGGAAAGCAGUGGCUCUGGCCCUCAACUCUACCAACCCAGAGCUCUCUGCUGUGCUGACCUCCGCACAGAGUCAGUAUGAGAUAGGAGGUUUCCCCUACCCACUGGGCCUGGAGAGCAAUGCCACCGGGGCUAAUAGUAGCUGGGUGGAGCUGACGGCGGUGGCGGCGGUCAAUGCCCAGCUCUUCAGUCGUAACGGAACCGGUGUUCAGGUGUGGGACCCCGUCCAUAUCUGUAUCCCCCUGCCCUUAGACACACCCCUGCAGACAGCCACCAGUGUCCCCGUGUGGAGGUUCGACGACAAGACAGGACUCUGGGUCAGGAAAGGAACCGGAUAUAUCAAGAAAGAAGGAGCACAGCUGACAUGGAGUUUUGUGGCCAACCAGCUAGGAUACUGGCUGGCUGCCUUUCCCUCAACCACAGGCUCAGCUUUAAACCCCACGGGCCUGCGAGACAUAACCACCUACCACACCGUCUUCCUCCUGACCAUCCUGGGCUCCUUGGCUCUGCUGGUGCUGGUGCUGCUCUGUCUGCUGCUCUACUACUGCAGGCGGAGAUGUCUGAAACCGCGGCAACAGUACCGUCACGGCAAGAUGCAUGUGUCCUCCGGCCUGGACGGCUCCAAGAGAGAUCAAUGCACCUCCAUGUCCCACCUCAACCUCAUCAGCUCAGGCCACAUCCACAUCGACACAGCUUCCUCCACCGGGGGUGACCCAGACGCCCUCAAAUCAGACCUGUCCUCCACCCGGGAUCUCCACAGCUCCAGGGAGGAUUUCUUCCGGCACACGCCCCCAGGAAAGGCCAAGCGCCACGCCAAGGUGAACACGGACAAUAUCACCAGGCGUGGCGGUGGGGAGAGUUUUCCCAUGAAGGUGACAACACGCUCUACUAACACUAACAACUUGGAUCCUCAGCUGCUGCUCCGCAACGACACCCGCAGCUUCAGCUCAGCGGAGGAUAAUACCCAUGAUCCUGGACAUCGCCACAACCACCAAAAUCACAAUGCCAACGACAACCAGGGUUACUCCUCAGAUCCACCAUCUCCACCACCUUUACUGCCUCCCUUCGCUGGGCACUACCAGGAGUACUCUGGCCUGCCCCCAGAGUACUCAGCGUCCCAGACCGGGGACCUCCUAGCCAGGCCCAACUCUCUAAACACCCAGCCCGGCCAGCUCAUUUUCUGCCACUCCAUGGACCAGAUGAAGGAGAGCAUGUACCGGAGUGUGGUGCCCACGCUGGUCAUCCCGGCCCACUACAUGCGCCUGUCGUCGGACCUGUCGGCGGUGGAGCAGGCCCUGGAGAGGCAGCAACAAAUGCAGCAUGACAUGGAGGGAAUCCAGGUUAGCAUGACCCUUCCCAGGCAGCAGGGACAGGUACACCAGAACCAGCAGCAGAAACAACAGAACCAGCAACAACAGAAUCAUCAACAGGAGGAUGAGGAAGGGGAAAAACCAGGCCAGCAGAGGGAGGACUCAGAGGGACACUCUAACUGGGCCUCGGACCCUAACGCGGCUCCAGUCCGCAUCCCGGUCCUGUUCAACGACAACACCAUUUCUCAGAUGAACGGAGAGCUGCAGGCGCUGACGGAGAAGAAGCUUCUUGAGCUGGGGGUGAAGCCGCAACCCCGGGCCUGGUUCGUCUCCCUGGAUGGUCGCUCCAAUUCCCUGGUUCGUCACUCCUACAUCGAGCUGGGGGGAGAAUCUCUCAGCAUCCCUGGAGGAGGGGGAGGUGGAGGAGCCACGGGGAGUCAUCAUGACAACAGGGUAGACGUCGCUCGUGAAGCCAACAUAAAGCAGCGGAAGGGAAAGGAGGAGAGGAAGGCCAAGGAAGCAAAAGAGGCUGCAGCGGCGGCUGAGAGGAAAGGUCACGCAGGGAAGACCUAUACUAAACUCCCCUGCAUCAACACCACAGACCCCCCCAGCAGCAGCAGCGAGAGCCACGCUGCCAUGUACUCUCCAGAGGACAAUUCUCUGGCACCGCUGCUGGACGAGGCCCCAGAGGCGACCACCCGCGGUGGCACGUUCCCUCGGAAGGGCCGCAGCCGGGAUAACAGCGCCCGGAGCAGUACCACCACUACCUCCACCGGUGAGGUGACACGCAGGGACUCAGCCACCAGCCCCGAGGACGGGGAGGAUGCCGACGAUAAAGACGAGGAGGGGAACAAGAAGAGUCCCUGGCAGAAGCGCGAGGAGAGACCCCUCAUGGUAUGGAAGUAAGGUAGACCUUGGGCUCUCAGGGAACAUUGAGCUACAAGAGAACAGGGGGAGAAGAACCACUGUGUCAAGGAACGCCAGGAAGAAGAAAGAAGAGCAGUGAAUGUGAGAGGUCUGUCUUGGAGUACAAAGAGAAAGACGUGUGUGAAAGAGAUUAUGAAGUGAGAAAGGAAAUCAAACAAGCACAAUUGUCACAUGAAUUGUGAAAGGACCAGGUGUUUUGUAGUCCCACUUUGGCUUGUAGUCAUCACUGAGAUCAGUAGCUAUAUCUGCAUCUCUAAAAAUGUCACUGAGACCAGUAGCUAUAUCCGUAUCUCUAGAAGUUUCACAUGGCUGUGGAUUUAUUUAUUACCAAAAUCAUGAUCCCUAAGCAUGUGGAUGGUGUUUGUUUGCCCACAGGAACAAGUGGGAGAGUUCCUCUGACUGGUUGGUAAUUCUGAGAUUCUUGAGAAAUGCUCAACAAUGUUUUUCUCCGCUGUGCUGUUAGUAGAAUUCCUUGGAAGCGUUACCUAUCAGAUUUUCCUGUUACCUUAGCAUUAACCUCAAGUAAUUUUUACAGACCUUUUGGGAGACGUCAGCUGGCCAAACAGAAACAUUUGAUUCCUAUGGAAAAUCAAGACUGUCUGGCCAGAACUGAUGGAAAUAGUGGAAUUAAUUAGUAUUUUUGUUUCACUCUUUACUCUUGUUUUCUUUUUAACAGAUCAGAUGGCCUUCUUUUUAUGACUGAGUGGUACUUAAUGUCAUUGAGGAGACGGAUCGAUGUAUUAAACAUUGGGGAAAAGGUUGCUGUUUUGAUUGUGAAAUCCUAAUAAGUAAGUCCUAAAACCCAGGGUUUACAACGAUGUUUUUGUUUCAUUUUGUACUGUAAAAUUUCCUUGGAGAUAACGGCAGAAAACCACCUCCACGUUACUAUCACUGAAGCCUGGAGAAUAAUGCAAACCGUUUUGGUUGUCAUUUUCCUUACUGACAGAAUAUGUUACAGUCAUAUUUUUGUCUUGCUUUGCUAACCUGCUGUCUUGUAACAUUAACAUCAAUGGAAGCAUGUACCUGACUAAAUUAUUUGAAAUGUUCAUUAUGCAACGUAGCUGGAAACAAAUUAGAGCAUCACAGCAACAUUUGCUAGAACAUUUUGGUUAUCUUAUCAUUACAAGUCUGUACCUUUUGUUGCAGUAUCAAUUUAUAGUCAGACAUGGAUUGGACGAUACAGACAUGUAAAGCUUAAAAAACGGAAUAAUUGGGUAUUAUUGCAAACUUGAACGAUGUUGCGAAAGGAAAAGACACUGAGUUGACUGAGUGGAAAUCACAAUUACCUAAUGUUCCCAUAAACUGUGCCAUAUUAGAUUGCCAGUAAUCUCCACUGGCUCAUCUUCUCAAAACAUCUAAUUAUUAGCCUUCAGAUAAAUAAGACAGGAAUCCGUCCAGGUUUUGUCAGACCUAAAAAUGUUCAUGUCCAACAAAUCACACCAAGCAAUUAGUCUUUUAAGUGCCUUCAUUUAGCAUAAAAAAGAAUGGCUUGGAUUCAAGGCAUCGGUAUGUAAACCCAGCCGUAACAAACAUUGUACAACCAUUCAGAAAGCUACUGGCUAAACAAAGGGUUUAACACAUACUCUGUAACAAGUUUUACUCAUUAUUUUCAGGUCAUGAUAUUGAGUCACACACAAUGUCAAGCUAUUGUUAGCUAAUCGACUUUGAUUUUUAACGAACAGCACUCAACCUUCAUGACCAGGGGUCAUUUGAAGGCAAUCAAGCCAAACACUCGCUAUCAGGUUCAUAAAGUCCAGUUGAACUUCUAUCAUGUUGCCUUGUGGACUAAUAUACAGCACGGCAUAACGCAAAUGAGGUUUAGGACCUUGCCUAAGAUGCACAGCAAUGGUCCUCUGGAUUUCAAACCUGUAUUGUCACAAUCCAUGUUGUAAACCCACAUAUGUUUUUAUUUGAUAACAACACUGUCACCUCUCUUUCCCCCCUUUCUCCAUUCUAAUGUAUGUGAAUGACCCUUGAAAGUCUCUUUUUAAGGCUUGAUACUUGCCAUGUUUUGAUUUACUGGGGUGAUACUAUUAUGUGAAGUGGUUUCCCUGUGGUUUGAGACUCAGGAUCACAACAAACACGCAUGUUCCUCCUCUCAUGAGCAUUUGUGCUGUUGUGUUUUUGUUUUGUUUUGUUCAUCAUAGAAUCCUCUUCUCUCACCUUCAAAAUGGUUUGAUGCUUUAAGUUUGCAGAAUUGAGCCACCUGUCUCUGUGAAUAAACCAGCUCAGCUCUGAUAUGGAAUCUACUUAGACUAUUUCAUAGAUUUUAUGUUUGUUUCUUUUUUUUGUCCAGGGUAUGUUUUUGGGAUGAAGUUAACGUCCUAUGUCAUUUAAGGGAUGAGGUUGGCACAAAAACGCUAAUAGUUCUAUUGGCCCUACGAGGCACUACUGAAUUGUGUGGUCUAUGUGGCGUGUUCAAUUCAAUGAGCGUUUUUUUUUAAAUGUGUCAUCAGAAAUUGUUCUGAGGUCAAGGAUAAUACUGGUGUUUGAUGUCUAUAAACAAGGCAGUCAGAGCUUUGAAGGUGUGUCAAGUCUCUCCACCUCUGUCAGUGCAGGGCAAGCCACUGAUGAAACUCCCCAUAUUAGCAAGUGCAGCAUCUGUGAAUUCUGACAAAUCACAGCCUACCACACAAUGGUGUCAGUGCUGGAAACACAGGUAGAAGUUAAACGGUGUAAAUGGGGUGUGUUGUGUUCUGAAUAAAUAUGACUUGAGCAAGGUUUUUUUGUUUACUUUUUUACACAGUUCUUUUUAUAUAUGUGAAUGCCUGGCUAAACAUAAUUCCUAUAGGCCUACUGUUUGAGUGCUUAUACAAGGGCAGUUGUUGUCUCCAAGGCAACAGCCAGAGGGAUGAUGUGCUGUUAUGGUAAACUGGUGCCACCUCCUUUCCCUCUCAGAUCUAUAUUUCUGAGGCAAAUCUUUGCUAACUUUUAUUGCUUGUUAUUAAUAAUGUUAAUAUACAAUCAAAUAAU